CUCCUUAUCCUCUCGUAUAUUCUGUGAAACGGAGAAAUUUGCCGCCAUUUUUCUAGUGGUUUUCUUUUCAUUAGGAGCAAUGUCCGUUCCUCUCUUCAACCUUGCUCCCAAUUUGACAGUUUCAAGGCUCUGUUUCGGAACAAUGACUUUUGGGGAGCAGAACUCUCUUCCUCAGUCAUUUCGUCUUCUCGAUCAAGCUUUUGAAGCUGGAAUCAACUUCUUCGACUCUGCCGAAAUGUACCCAGUUCCUCAGCGUGCUGAGACUCGAGGGAAAAGUGAGGAAUACUUUGGUCGGUGGGUUAGAAAGAGGAAUAUCUCCCGUGAUCGUGUUGUCAUUUCUACUAAGGUUGCCGGACCAUCUGGUCAAAUGAGUUGGAUUAGAGAUGGGCCAAAGUGUUUAGAUGCCAACAAUAUCACUGAGGCAAUAGAUGGAAGUUUAAAGCGUCUGCAGAUGGACUACAUUGAUCUUUAUCAAAUCCACUGGCCUGAUCGCUAUGUUCCCAUGUUUGGAGAAACUGAGUAUGAUCCGGUUCGACAAUUCUCUUCUGUCCCAAUUGAGGAACAACUUGAUGCUCUCAGUAGAGCUGUUGAUGCUGGUAAGAUCAGAUAUAUUGGACUCAGUAAUGAAACACCAUAUGGUGUCAUGAAGUUCCUUCAUUUUGCAGAAAACAAUGCUUGCUACCCUAAGAUUAUAUGCGUGCAGGUUAAUUCAUAUAGCUUGCUCUGCCGAACUUUUGAUUCUGGAAUGGCUGAGUGCUGUCAUCAUGAGAGGAUCAACUUGUUGGGGUACAGUCCACUUGCUAUGGGCAUACUUUCAGGGAAGUAUUUUGCUUUAGAUGGUGCGCCUCCUGAUGCUCGGCUAAAUCUUUUCAAAGGGAGGUAUUCAGAAGGUGAAUCCCGGUACAAUCUGACCAGAAAGACAUUAAGAUUAGCUACAAUGGAAUACAUUGAUAUUGCAGAAAAAUACGGUGUUCAUCCUGUAUCACUUGCAAUCACAUUUGUUCUGAAUCAUCCUCUGGUGGCAAGUGCUGUGUUUGGAGUGACAAAACCAUGGCAGCUUCAAGAGGUUAUUAGUGCAUGCAAUGUGGAGCUCACAUCUGAGAUUAUUGCUGAGAUUAACAAAGUUCAUGCCAAGUUUCCGAAUCCAUGUCCCUGAUCCUUUGGAAAUGACGAAGUCUGUGA